GUUUUAGGUUUUUUGGAUAGCAACGCGGUUGGUGCUGAGGAUAGCUAUUAAAUCUCAUGAUGAACUGUUGUUGUUUUUUCCUCUUUUUUCCUCUCUCAUUUGUUUGCGAGAGAGUGUUAGGAAAGGCAUUUUUCUUACCAAAAUUUACUUUAAAAGCUUCAUUAGGAACCAUUAAUUAAUUAAGACGUUAAAAGAUAGCUUCAUCUUAGAUUCGAACCAAACUAUCGUUCUGCUCUUCAUUUCUUCCUCAUUUCACGACCAACGACUUUUCUACGUCUUCACUUCUCGGUGUUUUAGAUUUUCGUUAUCUUUCUUGAUUUCAAAUCUUUCUUCUCUUGUCUCCGCAAACACGUAAUSAAAUUAAAUACAAAAACUAAAAAAACAGUGUAAUAUGUGACAGGUCAGCAAUUAAGUUAACAAUCAACAUAAACACCUUUUCUUCCUGUCCUUUUUUGAGAAAGUAAAUCGAGAAAUGACAACCCGUUGGGGAUUCAAUACCACUGAAAAAAAUUGAAAAAUUUCCAGACAUUUUAUCAAUGCUGUCCUUUGGAAGAAGCCCUUCCUUUAAAGAAAAAAUAAAAGUUGUUUGUUCAUUUUGUCGGCACUCCUAUAAAAUGUCACUCUAAGGGUUACUAUUUUGACAUGUUUAAUUCGUAAAUGCGAAAUACAUCUGUUUUCCCGUCCUGGCUAGUCAUUCACUACAUGUCAAUCUGCUUUUCGURCCCAGUUAAUGUUACCUGUGUGUUUUUCGAUUUUUGUUCGAGUUAAGAGUUAAAAUCCUCUAAUUGACUAAUGAUACCGGCGUAUAUUUUGGAAGAAUUGAAUGGUAUUGAGGCGAGGGGGGACGCAUCAGAAUCGCUAAUUACAAGACAGGACAUGAUUGGUUCAGAUUAUUUCUCCAUUCAUUUGAACCAUUGGUCAGGCGUUCGUGCGACUCCGCCGGCGUAUCGGGUAGUUUAAAGCAGGUGUGUUGUAUAAAUAGCCAGUGUUUAGAGGAAAAGCGCCCGGAAAGCCCUWACGAUUUCACUAUGAAACACAUUGGAUUUGGUGUGGCCUUGUUUUUGGCGGCGUUCUAUGCUUGCCAAGCCCAGGAGAGAUUCAGUCAACAAGGUAAUAUCACGCUUGGUAUUCUGCUACCCGUUCAUCUACAAGCCUCAAUCGACUCAUGUGGUGAGUUCUACUCCUUUGGUCUUGGGUACAUCGAAGCUAUUUCGUACACUAUAUCCCAGAUUAAYGCAGACGCCAGUAUUCUUCCAGGAAUUCACCUUGGUAUCGAAGUAUGGGAUUAUUGCGAUACUCCAGUCCUUGCUGUUAAUUGGGCGCAUCAGAUGGGCACGAAUAACUUCCUUAACGAUUUGCURUUCCAAAACCAGGCCACGGUAAGGUCAUCAUCGUCCUUGAACGACACGAUCCAGCUUAACUUAACUUCUCCUAUCGUUGCUGUUCUCGGUACUGAAGACUCCAGUAGCUCUAGUCUUGUCUCGAGCCUUCUUCAGGUCGUUGGCAUAGCAACUAUCAGUUCUUUCGCGACCAGUGAGGAACUCAGCUCACCUUACUAUAGCAACUUCUUCCGUACCAUCCCCCCUGAUGGGCAACAGGCCAAAGCAAUGGUCGAUAUCAUAGAGUUCUUUGGCUGGAAAUAYGUUGCAGCAGUAGCCGUGGAUCAUUCUUAUGGAAGGUAUGGUAUCCGUGCGUUGGAGAGAGAAUCCUAUAACCGGAAGUCAUUCUGCAUCGCUAUGGUGGAUUACUUCACCCGGUCGGGCUACAAGGGCCAGAUCAGAUCCAUCGUGGAAAAACUAAAGCGAGAAUCAAACAUCCAAGUCAUCGUGUUUUGGAGCAACUAUGAACCUGCGCGAAGGUUCCUUGAGGAGGCAACUCAACAGGAGCUGUUUGGACGUACUUUUCUGGUUAGCGAGGCGUUGGCCACGAUAGGCAAGGACGUGCUUGAGAACCAUGCGUCUGUGUUGGGCAGUUCACUGGGAAUAAUGCCACACCAGUACGAAGAUCAACGWUUCACAAGCUACCUGAAGAACAUUACACCAUCACACUCCCGGCAAACUGGAAUUCCCUGGUGGAGGGAAUUCUGGGAAACUACAUUCAAUUGUACAACCGCUGACCAAAAUAAAACUUACAAAGUGUGUGAUGAUUCGUUGACAGUAGGUGACAGCUACCAUAAGCUUUACAACUCCUUCAUUCCCUAUCUUUCUGAUGCGGUGUAUGCUGUUGCGCAUGCGCUGAAUUUGAUGCUAAAAUGCGAUAAGGAURSAUGUAAAGGGUCUGUUAGGUUGAAGGAAUUGACAAUGUAUAUGCAGAAUGUGUCGUUUAAAGGACUUACAGGUGAUGUUCGAUUCAAUAGCGAAGGGAACCCCACCAACUCGUUCUACGAUGUCGUCAACUUCCAGCACAACACAACAUAUGGUCGCUACUCUAUCGUACCCGUUGGCUCUUGGCAAGGYAAGGAAAACUUGGAGCGCUUACUGAUCAACGAGUCAAUCAUCCGCUGGAACACAAAGGAUAACCGUGCUCCUGAAUCGAAAUGCAGCAAGACUUGUCUUCCGGGAUACAAGCAAACUGAUACGGUAGCGUGCUGUUGGGAGUGUUUGCCCUGCCCCGAGGGGUCGGUUAAUCCUUACUCAGGCCACCCAAACUGUACCCAGUGUCCUAAAGAGCAAAAGUCAAACCCUGGCAGGACGAAAUGCGUUGAUCUCCUUAUCAUUAACAUUCAGUGGAAUGAUSCUAUUGCUAUUAUUAUCGUAAUUUUAAAUGUUAUAGGGCUAGUGGUCGCUUUUUUUGCUGCGGGAGUAUAUGUGUUCUUCAGAGACACGCCCAUCGUCAAGGCCUCAAAUCGAGAGCUCAGUUUCCUCCUUCUCUUGAUUAUUAUUCUGUGUUUUUUAUUAACGUUUCUGCAUUUGACUUAUCCAAGUAAGGCCCUCUGCUUUCUCAUCAAUCCAUGGCGGUACAUCACUUGUACUGCGUGCGUAUCGAUUCUCUACCUCAAGACUAACCGGCUYGUUAGCGCGUUUCAAACUAACGUCGUGCCAUCUUGGUUUAAGAAGUACAUCCUUGACAGAAAAAGACAGCUUGCUGUUGCAUUUCUYCUYAACUUGAUUCAGUUCGUCUUCACCGUAUUGUGGCUGACCAUCGACCCCCCGUACAUGUACAAAGAGAUCAAAACACAGGAGUACAUCUUCCUGACCUGUCGUGCCUUCCGUACAAACACUGGGCUGGUCAUACGCUCCAUCAUGUUCAUAUAUUUCAUCUUCCUUGCGUUUUUGUGCUCGCUGUACGCGUUYAAAGCCCGUGGACUACCGGAGAACUUCAGCGAGGCUAAAUAUAUAGGAUUCUCAAUGUAUAUCCUACUGGUCUCGUGGAUCGUAUACUACCCGGUCGACUCGACCCUUGAAGGGUCCUACAUCACUAUUGUCGCCUGUGCCACGGCGUUGCUCACAGCUUAUGGGUUACUGGGCUGCCUCUUCGUACCUAAGGUAUAUAUAAUGUUACGACAUCCAGAGCAGAAUACUGUGGCUUUUGUGAAAGCUGAAGUGGGACAGUUUUCGAAUGGUUUUCGCGUGACCGUGCCURGUUCAUUCCACGUGCAUGCAAUUAAUCGAGUAAGUCCUUCACAUGAGUCACAGCCCUCUUGAACCCAACAACACAGGUAGCCCAAAGGGUAAGGGUUGUAUAAGAAAACUGUAUAGACUUGAAACUUGAACCCAGCCAGGCAUAAGCUGCCGAGCAUUGAAUUAAAAAAACUUCAUCAACAUUAAC